AAAGAUGGGAGAUAACUCUAUUUAAUGUGAAACUAACUUCCGCAUUCAUGAAACGGACGAAUAUGUAUUCGAUGACAAACAUCUGAGAUGAUUGAUUCCUAUUACCAUGGUGAACACACCUAUUCCACACAGCCUACGGUCAGAGGCGAAGAAAGCGGCCAAAAUUUUACGUGGAUUUACUGUUCCCACAGCAAGCAUGGGCCCUGACAAACUCAUUCCAGCUGGCAUUCUGGUGAAGGCGAAGGGCCUGGCUAUCCUGACAGUGUUUAAGGCUGGGUUCCUGGUGACAGCACGAGGCGGAAGUGGCAUUGUCAUUGCCAAGGUCGGGGAUGACCUAGAUGCAGAAUGGUCGGCACCAUCAGCCUUGGGCAUUGCAGGUCUUGGAGGCGGAUUUGAAAUUGGCGCAGAGGUCACUGACUUCGUCAUCAUCCUAAACUCACACUCAUCAGUCGAAGCUUUCUCAAAGGGAGGUAAUUUGACCCUCGGAGGUAAUUUCUCAAUAGCAGCGGGACCGCUGGGGCGUAACCUUGAGGCUGAUGUAGCUUUGAGGAGCCCAGCGGCCAUCUACACCUACUCCAAGACGAAGGGACUGUUUGCCGGCAUAUCGGUGGAGGGAAGUGCUCUCAUAGAGAGAAAGGAUGCCAAUAAAAAAUUUUAUGGUCAGGAUAUCCGCGCCCACCAGAUUCUGUCAGGUGAAGUUCCACGUCCGGAGGAAUGCAGCGCAUUGUACGAAACACUGGAGAUGCACAGGAAGCAAGCAGAGAAACAGAUGCUAGAUAUGGCUAAAAAAGCUGCCACCAAGCAAGCUCACACCAUGGGGGAGAAACUGAAGAGCCGCUUUUCUAGCACAAAGUCCAGGUCUGCAAGGCCCGGCUCUGAUGAUUCCAUGUCUAAGUAUAGCCUUCCCGCAUCAUCAUCACACUACAGUCAGGAUAGCAGUGAUGAGGAAUCGUCCAAUCCAAUGGAUCGGUAUAGUUUACCUAAGUCUCACUCUAGACACAGUGUUAGUGAGGGUGACUUCUCAGAGUCCAAGUACAGCCUGCCAAAAUCCUCAGACCCUGGGGACAAGUACAGCAUGCCCGAGUCAAGGUCAAGGUCACAGUAUAAUCUUUAUGGCGGUUCUGAACUAUCCACUGACGACCCCAUGUCUAAGUUUGACCUCCCUUUUGCCAUGCCCCGAGCUCAGUCCUGUCGAUCCGUACGUACUGUCACACAGCACUCAUCAACCAAUGGGGGGUCAAAGACAGUCGUAAAGCGCACCGUCCAGAGUCGCACCACUCGGACUUCAUCCAAAGGAUCUGAAGUGGUGACCUCGCAGGAUGCCUGGUCAAAGGUGAAUGUUACACCAGGAAGGGGCAUUGCUAAUUUUGCAUAUGAAUCACAGCUUCCUUGUGACAUUUCCUUCAGAAAAGGAGAAGAAAUCCUCAUUUUGACUCGGACACAGUCUACCGAUGACUGGUGGGAAGGCACAUGUAGAGGGAAAACUGGUAUCUUCCCUGCCAAUUACAUCACUGUCAAGUAACAGUGUAGGAACUUUGUUAUGUUGAAAUAAUAGACGAAACAUUGAGUGGUUGUCUGUACUACCUCUGCCCUCUGACUUCCUAUAAUUAUGUUCCAUGGUUGUAUGAGAGAAUUUGAUUGAUUCCAGAGUCAUAUGAUGGGCCAACUGUGAUAAAAUUCUUACUGGUUACAUUGUAAUAUAAAUCUGUGUCUUUUAUGAUUUAUUGAAGAAACACAUGCUUCAGUAAAGGUGUUGUGGUCUUGUAACAUACAUUGGCUGUGCUGCAAACUCAACGGUAAUAAAGUCUGGCGAGUAACUUUGUCAGCAAUAUUGUAUCAAUUGUAUAUCCAAGUACUGUAUAGCGCUUUAGAGUGGCUUAUGUUAGCUAGAUAGGGUGCUAUAUCAAAUGCUGUAUAUUAUUAUUUUUAAUAGCAAUGCAGGCUGUAAGACAACAUUUGACAAUUCCGCAAUUAAAUUUCACGAUUAUAUAAUCAGUUUAUUAAGUUAUUUGAACAGCAAAGUCAGUGUACAGACAACCAGAUCAUGGACAUAACAAUAUAUAUAAUUGUUACCUAAACAAAUAGCUUACAUUCCUCACUCAACAUGAUAUUACAUUCUCUGUGCAUUGCAAUGGGCGUAUGAUAUGCUGAGCAACAUAAUAUGUUUUGACAAAUACACCGGAGUUGUGACCGUAAUGGUAGCCUGCCAGGUGUUGUAUACUAUGUACCUAGUUCUGUAGUACGAGCCCAAAUCGGGAAUCCUCGGUACUUUAUGUAAAAAAGUGUGUAGUUCCUGAUUGAUACCAGCCCCUGUACGCAAGGCUACCAUGGAUUGUCUCCCUUGUGUAUUAAUGAUUGAUACUAGCCCCUGUACGCAAGGCUACCAUGGAUUGUCUCCCUUGUGUAUUUAAACAUUAUUUAUUUUUACAUUUCAUUUGGGGGGUUUUCUGACUUAUUUCAAGCUUGAUUUGUAAACUAUUGUAAAUAUCAAAGCUUUUGCUUGAAAUUACUUUGAUAUAAUAAUUUCAUUUAUGGAUUUUUUUUCUAUAUAUAGAAAUACAUAUAUAAUUAUAUUUUUAAACAGUAUGCACAGGUCGUGAAGGUCAUUUGCUGAUUGACCUGUACAAGUUUAAGUGACUUGUCAUGUACGAAUUAUGCCAAUGAAAAGUUGUAUAACUGUUGAUAAAAAUGUGCAAAAUUGUUUCACAACAGGCAGCCAUUGUUAUGUUUGAUGAAAUAAUGUCCGUCUACGCAAUAAAUAAUUUUAAAUCAAUAUUAAACUGAUACAUCAGCAAGUCAUUCCAUAUGUUCUCCCCUUUCUUUACUUAAACUGAGCCAGAGAUUCAAAAACUCUGGAACAUUGUACAAGAUGUGUGUUGUAUGUUAUUUGUCUAGGACUUUUCUCUCCAGUUAUCAGAAGGGAUUUCAGCAACGCACUUUGUGGAAAUCGUAAGUUGAGGCCAUGACUAUAGUUUCUGUUUGGGCCUUGAUUAACCCUUUCACCACUGUAGACCAUAAUGGACUCAUCCAAAUCAAUGCAUGGAAGAGUUUACUAAAGUUACAUAGGGGUGAAAGGGUUAGUUGGUCAUUUAUGACUGUAGGUUCAACUCUACUGUUAGAUGUCCACCCAUAGUUACUGUAUGACUAUCUACACAAGUACAUACAGGUGUUACAUUGUAUCUUUGCAUUACUUUCAUGUUUUAUUAAUUAAUUAUGUGGCUAAUAUAAAGAAUAUAAUUUUGUAUUGAGGAAAUGAUAUGUAGACCAGUUAGCUUUACAAGAUCUGAGCUAAAGCAAUAGUUGUGAAGAUUUGUUGACAUUGUGGUUCUUAACCCUUUCACCAGUCACCACUGUAUACCAUAAUGGACUCAUCCAAAUCAAUAGAUGGAAGAGUUUACGGAAGUUACAUACUAGGGGUUAAAGGGUUAAACUAUAGCGAAGUAUUGUCUAUGACUAUUGGUAUACAAGUGUUUUACCUGUACACAAUGUACUAACUACUUGUUACUGUGAGUAAGUUAUAAGUUAUCACAUCACUGAGUGGAUGUGCUUUUUUAUAUAUUUUUUUAUAUUUUUAAGAUAAUACAUUACGUCUCCUACAUUUUUUUUUUUUUUACAGAUUUUCAAAUGAUCAGAGAAUUAAAAUCAGAGAAAAUCUGAAUUUCUUAAAUGCUUGGGUUGAUGUAUAAACAAGAUAUCCAUGACCUACUAAUGAGUAUUUACAUUGAUUUAUGUCCAAUCUUGUGAAUAUGUUCUCAAAUAUGUUUACUUGAAGCUUACAGCAUAACUUAUACUAAAGGAUAAACUCACUCACUCGGGUAUAACCAUUGUAUUUGUCUGAUAUGUAGGUUGUUGGCAUACACAUUACAUUUACAAGAAGGUGUUGACCUACAUUGAGGUUGUUGAUGUACCAGGUACAUUAAGAUUGUUGAUGUACCAGGUACAUUGAGGUUGUUGAUGUACCAGGUAAAUGAGGUUGUUGGUGUACCAGGUACAUUGAGAUUGUUGACCUACUAGGUAUAUCGAGAUAGGUGACCUACCAGGUACAUUGAGGUUGUCAAUGUACCAGGUUCGUUGAGUUUGUUGUCAUACCAGGUACAUUGAGGUUGUUGAUGUACCAGGUAAAUGAGGUUGUUGGUGUACCCGAGGUACAUUGAGGUUGUUGACGUACCAGGUACAUUGGGGUUGUUGACGUACCAGGUACAUUGAGGUUGUUGACGUACCAGGUACAUGGAGGUUGUUGAUGUACCAGGUACAUGGAGGUUGUUGAUGUACCAG